UUAAACAUGGCGUCCCUAGCAACCGCACGGUGCGCUGAUACAACCUGUUCGGGAGAUGCCAGAAACUCCAGCAGUGUGCAGCAGCCUUGCACAUCAUCCCCGGUCAGCAGUGACAAUGUGGACCUCAGGCUGGUCAGACAGGAAGCUGCACAGUUUCUCAGGGAAGCAGAGAAGAACAGGAGGCAGAUUGAAAAGUUGGAGAAGGAGAGGACGCUGACUGUUCAUUGCAGAAAGAAUGGCUGGACAGAUGUGUGCGGAGAACUUGAAGAGUACGAGAAAGUGCUGGAGGAAGAGAGAAAUGUAGACAAGAUGACUCUUCAGAAUCAACUGGUGAAGAUUCAUAAUGGCGUGAGGAAGUUUCAGAGACAGCUAAAAGAUGUGAAACCAACUCCUGAGUUAAUUGAAAGACUGAAAGAAAUAAUGUCAGAGGUGGAAAUCUCAAUCAACACCCUAAAAGAGGCGCAGCACUCAUGCUUUGAGGAACUACUGAAGGAGGAGAGGACAUGCAGACAGGAGAUCACUGCUUAUGAGAAGAAGAUUGAAAACUGGAGCCUCAAAUCAGACCCCAAACUACCCACAACUCCCACUGUUAGGACCAAACCCCCAGACAGAGACCUCCCUGCAGAGGUCAGAGCACUGGAGGCUUUCCUGCAGAAGACAGGAGGCCCUUAUGGUGGCUGGGACCAAUAUGACCACCAAGCCUUCCUUAAAGUCUGGACAAAGCACAGUGGGCUACCAGCCUACAGGAAAGAGGCAAAACUUUACCUGCCUGGUAAAUCACUGGAGGAGAUAGAGCAACAUGAGGAUUGGCACCAGGAGCUGAUCUAUCUGCAGGAUAGAAAGAGAGAGGCUAUUCAGCGGUGGAAGGCCAGCAAGCAUCAUGAACUCCAGAUCAGGAUACAGAGUCAGGAGGAGGCAGAAGAGGCAGAAAGGAGGGAGAGGGAGGCCAAGAGCGAGGCCCAGCAAAACAGGACUGAGGAGGAGAGGAGAAAGGCGGCACAGCGACUGGAUGAGUGGAAGGAAGAGAAGAGAAGGAAAGAAGAACAGGAAGAGGAGCAGAGACUGGCUGAGGAGAUAAAAAAGAGGAGGCGGGCAAAGGAAGAGCGUCGGCGCCAGCUGGAAGUGAAGCUGACCAUUGAGGAGCAGCUACGACUGAGGAGAGAGGAGGAGGAGGAACAGGGGAAGAGGAGGAGAGAAGAGGAACAGAGGGAGAUGGAUGAGAGGAGAAGGGAGGCCGCAAAGGGCAUCAAACACUUUAAUGAAAGGGAUCUUCACAAAGUGGAGGCAAAGCUUCAGGAGAAACAGCUGAGGGAAAAAGAGGAAGAGGAAAGACAGAGAAGAAUUGCUGCUAAAUUGAAGGAGAAGGUGGAUGGUCACGUCAGCAGAGACCCUUCCAGGCUUACCCGUCCCACUAAAGGAUGGGAGGAGCGAAUGAAAUACAUUGGUCCUUCAGGAGGAGGGCCCGUUCUACAGAUGUUUCACAGAGCUGUUCCCACUUGGAGAGAAGGCCUGUGAGGAGCAACAGUGGAGGCCAAACCGAACAAUCAGAAAUGUGUCAGAAAUUAGAUUAAAUGAAAAUGUACUCACAUGGACCCCAUCACCAGAUUGUGCUUUAUUUGUGUGUGCUGUGUGCAGCUGAUUGAUGGUUUUGUACAGUCUAUGUAUUUACAAAACUGUUUCAUUUUAAAUAAAAGCUUUUGUGUAAA